AUGAUUACACAGUUGAGGCCUUUUGAGUGCACACAGUUUUAUAUGACUCUAACUUGGCUUCUCGUCGUGGGUAGCAUGCUCGCGUUUAGCUUGGCAGGCAGAAAUGAGAAUCCAAGUUGCAUAGAAAAGGAGAGGCAGGCUCUUCUCAGGUUCAAACAUGGCAUCAUUGACACACACAACAGCCUUUCUUCAUGGAACAGUGAAGAUGGGAAUUGCUGCAGAUGGGUGGGAAUCAGCUGUGACAAUGAAACUGGAUAUGUUGUCGCGCUUGAUUUGGGAUGUACAUUAUAUUGCUAUAAGAUUCUUGCAGGUGAGUUAAGUCCUUCCUUGCAUGAACUCUCGUAUUUGAGUCAUCUUGACCUCUCUGGGAAUAAUUUUACUGCAAACAUUAAUUUUCUUAAUGAGCUAGGAAAUCUUUCCAACCUCAAAUACCUUGAUCUUAGCAGUAAUGCACAGCUGAAAGUUGACACUUUGGAAUGGGUUUCUGGUCUUUCUUCUUUAACAUAUUUGGGCAUGAAUGAUUUGGACCUUAGCUCCAUUGCUGAUUGGGUUCAGUCAAUUAAGAAGCUUCCUAUGCUGAAAAACUUACAUUUAAGUCACUGUCAGCUGCAAACUCCUGGGAUUUCAAAUUCUUCUUUGAGGUUUCUUGGGCACUUGAAAACCUUGGACUUAUCAAACAACAAUCUCACUGGAAAUUUUUUGCACAUUCUGGAAGUGUUUAAUGUUGGCAGUAAUAGUCUUAAUCUCACUCUUCUCGAUCUAUCAUUUAAUUCUCUAGAAGGUGUAAUCUCCGAAUCAUUUCUGUCAUGCCUCCCAAAUCUGAAGCUACUUGGCUUGUCUCACAACUUGUUGACACUUAGUCUCUCCUCAGCCUGGGUUCCACCCUUACAUCUCAAAGUGAUGAAAUUAAGUUCUUGCAACUUGGGCCCAAACUUUCCUGCUUGGCUUCACACUCAUAUGGAUUUUGAGUAUUUAGAUAUCUCUUGUAAUGGAAUCAGAGACUUCAUUCCUGACUGGUUUUGGAAUUUGUCUUACGAAUUACGAUAUCUAAAUCUUUCUUACAAUAGCCUUAGCGGUACACUUCCAAACACAACGUUAGACCUCGAGAAUAACUGCCAGAUAGAUCUUAGUUACAAUGAGUUUGCUGGUGAGGUAAUGCCCUUCUUUUCUAAGGCACGUCUGCUGAAUCUUUCCAAAAAUAAGUUUUUUGCAGCCACAUCUUUUCUGUGUUCUUCCAUGGUAGAUUCAAGGUUAGCAUACGUAGACCUCUCUGACAAUCUGUUAUCAGGAAAGCUGCCUGACUGUCAUAUGAAUUUCAGUAACUUGUUUAUUCUUAAUCUGGCAAACAAUAACCUUUCUGGGAAAAUUCCCAGAUCAUUAGGCUCUUUAGAAUUCCUGACAUCACUAGAUCUAAGCAACAAUAGUUUCAGUGGUGAGCUGCCAUCAUCCUUGCAGAACAAAAGUAAUUUGCUAUUUCUUGACUUGGGAGAAAACCAAUUAUCCGGAAGAGUUCCGGGCUGGAAUGGACAAAACAACCUGGUAUUUCUCCGCCUGCAAUCGAAUAAGUUCCAUGGAGAAAUACCAUCAAGCCUGUGUCAAUUCUCAAGCAUUCAAGUUUUGGAUCUCUCUCUCAACAAUUUAUCUGGUGAAGUUCCUUCAUGUUUCAGCAAUUUCACUGCAAUGUCUCGUAAAACCAGUUUGAAUAAUUAUUAUUACGAGUUUUACCACUCCAUCCUUAGCACUGAAGAUAAUGGGUACAAAUUUGAGGUUGAUUACAGAGAUGGUGCCUGGUUUGCCUGGAAGGGAUUGAAGGCUGAAUAUCAUAAUACCCUUGCCUUGCUUAAACUUAUUGAUCUAUCUGCAAAUCAACUGACAGGGCAAAUUCCUGAAGGGCUUACCAUUCUAUACGAACUGGUUUCGUUGAACCUAUCAAGAAACCAUUUCAGUGGUAACAUCCCUGAGACGAUUGGGCAGUUGACACAAUUAAAUUCUUUGGAUUUGUCCAAUAACCGCCUUUCUGGUAGAAUUCCUAUAAGCAUGGCGAAGAUAUACUUUCUUGAGUACCUGGAUUUGUCAAAUAACGAUUUGUGUGGCGCCAUUCCAAAGGGCACUCAAUUGCAGAGCUUUGAUGCUUCCAAAUAUGGAGGGAAUCCACAAUUGUGUGGACUACCCACCCUGAAUGUGUGCCCUGGAGAUGAAAUCCUGCCGAGAUCACCACCUGGCAGUGGAGGGAAUAAGCAUGAUCACUGGAAGGAGAAUAUGGGUUUCUACAUCAGUUUAAUCUUUGGAUUCGCCAUUGGAUUUUGUGGAGUGUGUUGGACAUUGCUACUUCGAAGUUCUUGUGGAUUUCAAUUUUAA